AAAUACAGAGAUAAUUCAAAAACAAGUCAAACAAGUUUUGCAAUGGGAAAAGAUAAACAUUUCAUUAAAGGGAUCAACUCUGGCACAGUGUAUAAAGUACCGUCGUUUGGUUCGGGUCGUUUUUGUUCGCCGGUACCACCUACAGAAGAAAUUUGACCAUGGCUGCGAUAACAAGACAGAUACUUCGUAAUUUUAGAAAAACUGGCGUAAGGACUGUUUUUCUUUCUUCCAAAAAUUGCGAACACGCUGGUGGUCAAUUGCCACUGACAUUUUUGUCUGAGGAUGAGAAAGCGAUGCAAGAAACAGUUUCCAGGUUAGCGAAAGAACAAAUUCUGCCACACGUCCGUGAUAUGGAGAGAGACAAAAAAUUUAAAGAUUCAGUAGUGCAACUAUGCUUUGAAAACGGGCUUAUGGGUAUUCAAACUCCUUCCGAGUAUGAUGGAUCAGAAUGUAACUUUUUGACGGCUGUACUUAUAGUAGAAGAAUUGUCCAAAGUAGACCCGUCCAUAGCUGCAUUCGUUGACAUUCACAAUACACUAGUUAAUAGUGUAUUUCUAAGGUAUGGCACCAAAGAACAAAAGGAGAAGUACCUGCCCCGUCUAGCAACAGAUACGGUAGGUAGUUUCGCUCUGUCAGAACCAUCAUCAGGAACCGAUGCCUUCGCAUUAAAAACCACAGCAAAACGGGUAGGGGACGACUAUGUCAUAAAUGGGUCGAAGAUGUGGAUUUCAAAUUCAGAUUUCUCAGGAGUAUUUUUAAUUAUGGCCAAUGCCGAUACCUCAAAAGGCUACAAAGGUAUAACCUGUUUCAUUGUGGAAAGGGACACUCCUGGAUUUACGAUAAACAAACCGGAGGACAAACUUGGAAUUGUAGCUUCGGGCACGUGCAUGUUGACAUUUGAAGAUGUCAAAGUUCCAGCAUCUAAUGUCGUGGGUCAAUUUGGACAGGGGUAUAAAAUUGCCAUAGAUGUAUUAAAUGAAGGUAGAAUUGGUAUAGCGGCACAAAUGUUAGGUCUAGCUCAAGGAUGUUUCGAUGCUACCAUUCCUUACACGUUAGAAAGACAGCAAUUUGGGACACCUAUAUUCCACUUUCAGGAAUGCAACACCAAAUUACUACCCACGUGGCCGCCUCAAAUUGAAGCGGCACGAUUGCUGACAAACAUACAACGCUGCCAGAUUGCUGGACCAAAGGGAGCGCCCUUCAUUAAAGAAGCUGUGUCCAUGGCCAAAUACAUAGCCCCAGCAGCCCAACAAACCACUGUUAAAUGUAUCGACUGGAUGGGAGGGGUGGGAUUCACCAAAGAUUUCCCCACAAGAGAAAUUCUACGGAUGCAAAAAAUAGGUAGCAUUUACGAAGGAACCAGCAAUAUACAACUUACAACAAUAGCAAAAUCAAUUGAGAAGCAGUACAAACAAUAGUUAUAAUUUUUAACUUAAAUUCUAAAUUGAAUUUGUAUAAAGUUUCAUAAAUCUGUUUUUUAUAUACCUGUUUAUAUACAUAACCUGUAUUAUUUACAAUGUUUCAAUAUAUUUUUUUAUGAAUUAA